UAAUCAGGUGUAGAGGGUCGGAGUGCUCACAGCCUUCAGGAACGGAGCACGACACUUGUUUCAGCCCAUACGUCUCUACAUACUGUAAUGAGGCAUUGUUCACAUUGUUAAGUCGCUAACUGAAGUCUUAGUUCCCUGCAACAUUCUUGCUGGUAAUACGUAGCAUCCACCGAAAACAACAAGAACGAGGUCCGCAACUGAAGCCUGACAGGCAAGACGGGCUUGAUAACCUCUGCCAGUUAAAGUACCAGAUAAGGUUGAGAAGUCAAUUUCUGGAAGUAUGGCAAAAUUCUUGCCUAUUAUUGGCGAAAUAUACACCACAAUUGAAAGCGGCAUUUUAAUCACGACUGCUGGCGCGGCCAAAGUUUGUGGAGAUGACAAAGUUGCCAGGCAGCUUGCUAAUAGUGCAGGCAAAUCUUGGAAGGAAUACAGUGAAACAAAUGUUCUGGCAGCUCCAAUCAAUAUGGUCGUACAUGAAAACAAGAGAGAUUAUAAAAAGGUAAAGGAGCUUGAAGAUUCCUAUCUCAGUGCAGCAUCAUCUUGUGCAGAUGGCAUUCCUGUAGUUGGACAUGUUAAAGGAGUUGUUCACUAUGCGAUGGGCGACGUAGAUAAAGGAAAUAGGUCUAUGGAGGCUUCAACAAGAGGUGUGGCCGUCUUAGGUGCUGGAAUUGUUACAGGUGGACUUGGUGCUGGAGUGGCCGCAGGAGCUGCUGCUGGUAUUGGUGCUGGGGUUGCAUAUGACGCCACGGCGACUAUUGUUGAUGAUGCAGUAAACGGGGAAGGCGCAACACUCCACGGAUCUAUUGCUUUAGCUCGUGCAGAGAAGAUGAACACAAAAGAAUUUGUUGGUGGUAUUCUUGGUAUUGCUGGUGAUGGACUGACAGGCGCUGGUGGAGCGCAAGUGGGAAAAAAUAUUCGAACCCCCAUAAACGGACAAAGCACUUUACAAAAUGCUUGCAAAAAUUCAAAGGGUCGCAGAGGGACAGGAAGUGGUAACAGAACCGCUACUAAAGUUACUAUGGAGGAUGCCAAAGCGACCAAAAAAGCACAAGGAGCACUGAAUAAACAAAUUUCUUAUGCACCCUGUGAAAAUGCAUACUCAGCUACUUAUCAGAAAAGUGUUGGUCAUAGUGGAUUAAAUAACAAGGAAAUGAGGAAACAGAAACUUGAAAAUUUGGGUUAUCCAUCCAAAAAUGCUGCUGAGAGACCCCGUGGUUACGGUAUACCAUCUCAUCUCCAAACCAGAUAAGAUAACAUUACGCAAGUUUAACGAACAAGGCCACAAGCUGUAUGUACUGAACACCCAGCAUUUGAUAAUUUGGUGAGGAGGAAUCCAAAUUACAAUCAAGAGAACGUUAACACAACAACUAUUUAUAAGAAACAAGAUAUUACUAACACCACACAGGGGCGUGAGAACUGUCGAGCAUACGGUACCGGGAUGGGAAACGCGGUUACAGAUUGUAUUCCUGACAGAACUCCUCUUCCCACUUCUGGCUAUGUGAGGGAUGGAUUUGUGCCACAUUCAGCUGGUGCUGCCGUUGUUGAUUAUGCCGUAAAUAAUGACGAGGAGGAUGAAACAGAGAGUGAGUGAGGAUCUGCUUCGCGAGAAGCUUGGAGAACAUAGGCAUUUUUCCUU